AGAUUUCUCAAUAUAUGUGAGAACGUCAUUAUGUAGAAAGAUAAGAGGAAAAAAGGCAUAAAAGACUUAUUUCACUCCUCUCCAGAUCAGUUCGAACAAUAACGUCUGAGUAUCCGAAGAAAGCAAGCCAUAAAGAAUAAAGUUUCAACAUGAGAUUCCAUCCAGUGACUAUAUUAUUCUCUUUUGGACCUUUGGUAAACGCUUUAAUCAUUCCAAGUGAGAUAAUCACUAGAAACCGAAAUGAUCUGAGGAAUCAACUUCCAGCAAGUGAAGGAAGUUUGUCUGCAGACAUGGAAACUUUUAGAAGACCUUUGGUUCAUUUUUAUCCAAUGAAACAAGUAAAAUUGCCGGAAGAACUUGUCCAAAAGUUGAUGAACACUAAUAUUGAAGAAGAAAUUUCACAAGUCACGAAUGAUUUGGCUUACCACAUGAAGCCUGAGGGUGGCCAAAUAGACAAUGUAAACAUGAAAUUGCUUACUUCAUCUGACCAGUCGUUAAGUAAUUAUCUUAGAGAAGUUUUGGAUAAUUUUAAACAGGUUAUGAAAGUUGGACUGCCAGAUCUAAACAUCCCAGUACUUGAUCCAAUGAAACCAGAUGACAUAAUUAUAGAGAAUAGUAAGGGCAGCACACAAAUCACUUGUGAAAUAAAAGAAAUGGUUCUAACUGGUCUAUCAAAUUACCAAAUUGGAUAUUUAAAUGCUAGUCUUAUUCCGCCCCACAUGGAAUUUCAGCUUUUAUUACCAAAACUGAAUUUCAAAGGAAAGUACGCCUUAAAAGGAACAGCACUUGGGCUUUUCCCAUUAUAUGGAGAUGGUCCCGCUUCAAUAAGUGUUAUAGAUUUGAGAUUGAAUGGUAAAGCAAAGUUUAAAAUCGGUCUUGAUGUGAAAGUUACUGCGACAGAUUUAAAGCUUGACUUAGAUUUCCGCAGAAUCCUUGUAAACUUCGAAAAUUUACUUGGCGGAAAUAGUCUCGGCAAAUUGUUGAAUGCUUUGAUUACCGCAUUAGGCCGCCCAGUAUUUAACAAAAUGAAGGUGAAGCUGUUAGAUAAGCUUAACGAAAACCUUUUGAAUAACAUAAAUCGACAAUUAAAUAAAUUUGAUAUUUCUCAGAUCAUAUCAAAGUCGACAUAAAGUAAUGAAUAAACGCCUAGUAGAAUGAAAAAAAUAAUUUAUUGUAUGGUCUAUAAUUUCGAUAAUUUUUUUAACAUUAAGCCUCUAUUAUUGCGAAAGGUGAACAUGAAUUAAUAAAAACUCCAAAUAACUAA